AUAAUUAGUCAGUCUCGCGGAAAUCGAUUCUAUGAACUAUGUACAACGUGAGAAAAGACCUGUUGCUAGUCCUUUGGUAGCCAUGCUGCCUUUCACAAGUACAAAUUAAAUGGUUUAAUUGUUCGUCUUAGAAACGCUACAAUCGACGAUUUUCGCUCGCACAAGUUUCGAACAUCUUAUCGUUACUUCCUCUCUAAACAGCUACAUCACUCGAUGGUCACCGAUCGCUAAUUGAACAUUCUGAUCGUUUAUCAUUAAAUGGUAGUUUACUUUCGAAAUAGAAUGGAAAUAUCGCCCAGGAAACCGUCGAAACGUGCGCAAGAACCUGUAGACGAAUGGCUGCAAGCUAAAGGAUAUUUUAGGAAACAUGCACCUAGAGAUCCAACUUGUUUGUUCAGAGCAGUCAGUGAACAAGUUUACAUGACACAACACUACCAUCUUAGAGUCAGGAAGGAGUGCGUGGAAUUUAUGAGAACAAUGAGACAAUCAGCUUUUGAGAAUAUAGCAAUACCAUUUGAUGACUAUCUAGACCAAAUGGCUUGUUUUACUGAAUGGGGUGGUAGAAAUGAAAUCCAAGCUAUGUCAUUGUUGUAUGAAAAGGAAUUUGUUAUAUUUAGUGGCCAGAAACAGAUUCAACGUAGUGUUACUAACAAUGGUUUCAAAGAUACAAUCUAUUUGUGCCAUACUCCACAGAAACAAUAUGAAAGUAUCUGCACGCAAGAGUUUGUUGCAUCGGCAGCCUAUUGUCAAUCUAUUGUUUAUCAAAUACUUUACAAAGGUGUGUUCAACAUGGCUAAUUUAGAGUCUACUGUUCAUAAGAUGUUACAUGAUAGAACUGCUACUUUUAGACAUGACAAAUUUUUCCUUAAAGGCAACAUAGAGAUACGAGAUCAGUUGACUGCAGAAAUAUAUAGUAAAGUGGAGAAUGGAAAUGACGAGCUGGAUGAUGCACAGAGUACUGCAAAGAAUAUACCGCCAUUUCCUUACAGAGUUGCGAAAGCCCUCGAUCCUAAUAUUUAUCGUAAUACUGAUUUUGAUAUAUGGCAUGAGAUCAGAAGAGAAGUAAAAAAUGCAGGCUGGACCAGACACAAUAGUCAUGAAUUACAAGUUGGUGGUAAAUGUUUAAUUCAAAUGGAUUUUAACGAAGAAGAUUUUGACAAAGCUAACAAUAAUAAUGUCUAUGUGUCUUCGCUUGAGAAAGAUGCUAAUUACAAUGAUGCAAAAGCAUUACAAAAAAUUGACAAACAGGAUCCUGUAUAUCUCUAUGGUCACAUACAAGAAAUGAGUAAAGAUCAGGGUCCCGUAUUGGUUUUCAUUGAAGAGCUAGGAGAGAAGAAGAUUGUACCAUACUCUGCUCUCAAGCCAUUGCCUUUAAGAAAAAGUAAACAAAGUAAUUGGCCGCAAGUGUGCAAACGAAAUGUGCUUUUAGACUCAAGUCAGAAAUGGAAAAAACCCUACAGUGCAGUUUCACGCAAGAUUAAGCAGUCAGUUUCCAGUGUGACCAUUUCUUCAGGUAGUAUUGAUAAAAAUGGAAAUAAUGAAAAUUGUACUGAUGGUACUAACAAAAACAGCAUUCAGUGGAAAAAGGAAAGUUUGAAAGGAGAACAGUCACAAGCAUAUGAAAACUAUGGAUUGGAAAAAUAUGCAAAUUACUCGGCUAAUGCCUCUUCUGAAAUAUUCCCUACAAGAACGAAUCUUGAUAAUACUCAAUCGUUAGUAGCGGAUAUCGGACAAGAAAAUGGCAAAGGACGUAAAGAAAAAAAUACAUUUGUAAACAAGAAUGCUGAAAAGUAUCCAGUAAAAAAUUCGAAACCUGAUAACGCAUUGAAUUCCGAUAAUAAUACAGGAUUUGAUUCGUACCCGAACCAAAGAACGCAAAUUGAAAAUUUCUAUUCCCCAUAUUCUGGAGAGCCAAUAUCCGCAACUCAAGUGGAUAAUAUGCUACGUUCCAUUAAUUGUUCGGUACAAAAAAGCGUUGAUGUAAACGGCAGCGAUUUACCGUUAUCAGAUCCAUUUACUUUGAGAUUUUUUUAUAACUUAGGAUUAGAAUGUUUUCGUGGGAGCAGCAACUGGAAUUAUUUGACAAACGAACAAUCAUCCAAUGUAGGACAAUGGUACCAAGGUAUGUCACAGAACGAGGAUGAAGUUACAACCAUUGCGAAUGGUGUGAUGCAACAUUGCAUAAUGUCGCCACAAAGGUCGGAUCACAGUAGUGAUCAAAAAGAGAAUAGCAGUCAAUUAAACCAAGAAAGCGGGGAUAAUUGUGUGAACGGGAAAGACGCGCUGGUACAGAGUCCCGAGAUACCAAAGGCGGAUGAAGGGAAAGAUGUGUUGCAAUCACAACGCGAGAAAAUGAAGGAUCAAGAGCCGGUUAAUAGAGAUUCUUCUCGUCCGAAUAGAAACGGUUUGGCUCCACGAUUUAAGAGGAAUUCAGACAAUCGACACCGUUCAUCAUCACAAUUUACGCAUCAGGGUAAUCAGUAUUCACAUUGUGGACCAAAUACAAAGUCCUCUAAAUCUCAAGAAUCAAAGAACGAUAGUGUGCAACAAUCGAUGGCAGCACCUCAUCAAAUACACGGUUCAACGGCUGCAGCGAUGAACUCGUAUCAAGCGCCGUAUAUGCAACAGGGCAUGUAUUCCGGGAUGCCAUAUUAUGCAAACGAGACAGAAGCAUUCGCAAAUCCAUAUUACCCACCUAAUCCAGGAUUCUUCCCAAUACCUUGUUUACCGCAUUCAGAUGUGCCCGAUAAUAGCAACAUGCAACCAUAUUCGCCGCACUUGUGUCCCGGAAUGGAUUAUACACAGGCUUAUCCUAGCGUAUGCCCUCCGUACAUGUGUCCUCAACCUGCCCCGUACAGUAUGCCGCCUCAAAACAUGCAAGAACAUUGGUAUGCAGUUACUGGACAACCGCAUUAUAUGCAGUAUGCUCCGAUGUUGCCGGUCACUGCAGAUGGAGUGUGCAAUGGGCUGACACAAAAUAUCAGUCAGACCACUCCCACUCCGGAAUGCAUAACUAUGCAACUAUGUUCAAACCUGUAAGCUUAUCUUGCACAAAGGUAUAAGGUAAAACAGUAUGUUCAUACUUUGCGCACAAUCUACUAUGAGAAGACUGAAUAUUUACCUAACAGUAUUGCUCAAACCAUCGGUAUUGCUAGUACUUAGGAAUGUAGAUAUGUGUAGCACAUAAAGUUCCUUUAUAACAGUAAUUUUGAUACGUAAUGUUAAUUAGAGUAAUAAUAUUUUUGCACUAAUAAUAUCAUAAAGUGUUGUAAGAAUAUAAGCGGCAAUAGUACAAACCACGAACUUAAGUAAGUAAUAGCGAUCUAAUAGAUAGUACUAAUAGUAACAUACCUGUAUAAUUCUAUUCAGCAGAUGAUUCCAUUUCGUAUUACAAUAUCGCCAAACAUAGAUUACUCGAAACGAAAAACAAGUCUUUAUGCAAUUUUAUACAGGUGACUUUAGUUCCUAAAUAUAUUUUGCUGUUAUUAUUUACAUAUAUUGUUUGUUAAGACACCUUUUUGCAAAUAAAAAGAUCUAUAUUUGCUAGUGAAA